AUGUGCUGCUCCCCUUGCUGCCGGCCCACCUGCUGCACCACCUGCUGCCAGCCCUGCUGCCGCCCAUCCUGCUGUGGCUCCAGCUGCUGCCAGCCCUGCUGCCGCCCAUCCUGCUGUGUGUCCAGCUGCUGCCAGCCUUGCUGCCACCCUAGCUGUUGCACCACCUGCUGCCAGCCUUGCUGCCGCCCAUCCUGCUGUGUGUCCAGCUGCUGCCAGCCCUGCUGCCGCCCAUCCUGCUGUGGGUCCAGCUCUUGUGGGUCCAGCUGCUGCCAACCUUGCUGCUGCCAGCCCUGCUGCCGCCCUAUCAGCUGCUGCUGCCAGCCAGCUUGCUCUGGCCCUGUGCACUGCCACAGAACCUGCUACCAGCCAACAUGUGUCCGCCUGACUGGUUACCUACCCCAGACCUUCGGCUGCACCUGCUGCUAG